CAGCUCCCGCCCGGACCAGUGCCAGCUGCAGCCUCGCUUCGGCGCCCGGUGCCAGCUGGCUCAUUCGUCUGGGACGGAGGUGGAGGCUUGGGGCUCCUUGCCGCUGGGGGGGGGGACUCCCCCCUACGCCCCCUGCCCUCAACCCACCCAAAAGGAGCCUCUACACCCAGCCGGUCGCCCUGGCAGCCAGUCCAGCUAGGAAUUAGCCCUGUUCCGCUUCGUCUGGGGCUUACAGCCCACACCCCUCCAGGAGGAGUAGGGGUCUCGAUGAGGGUCUCCCCCUCCCCAACCUUUUGCUAGAGCCUGCAGGGCUGUGCAAGCUUGAGAAGGACCAUGAAGGUGGGCUGGCCAGGUGAGAGCCGCUGGCAGGUGGGCCUGGCUGUGGAGGACAGCCCAGCUCUCGGAGCAUCGCAGGUGGGAGGCCUCCCGGACGUGGUGCCGGAGGGGACCCUGCUCAACAUGGUGCUGAAGAGGAUGCACCGGCCCCGGAGCUGUUCUUACCAGCUGCUGCUUGAGCACCAGCGCCCCAGCUGCAUCCAGGGGCUCCGCUGGACGCCACUCACGGACAGUGAGGAGUCCCUGGAUUUCAGCGUGAGCCUGGAGCAGGCCUCCACGGAGCGGGUGCUCCGGGCCGGGAAGCAGCUGCAUCGACACCUCCUGGCCACUUGCCCGACCCUUAUCCGAGACCGGAAGUACCACCUUAGGCUCUAUCGGCAGUGCUGCUCUGGCCGGGAGCUGGUGGAUGGGAUCUUGGCACUGAGCCUUGGAGUUCAUUCCCGAAACCAAGCCGUUGGAAUCUGCCAGGUGCUCCUGGAUGAAGGUGCCCUUUGCCAUGUGAAACACGACUGGACCUUCCAGGACCGAGAUACCCAAUUCUACCGUUUCCCCGGGCCAGAGCCAGAGCCCGUGGGAGUCCAUGAGCUGGAGGAGGAACUGGUGGAGGCUAUGGCCCUGCUCUCCCAGCGGGGGCCUGAUGCCCUGCUCACUGUGGCGCUUCGAAAGCCCCCAGGUCAGCGCACAGACGAGGAGCUGGACCUCAUCUUUGAGGAGCUGCUGCAUAUCAAGGCCGUGGCCCAUCUCUCCAACUCGGUGAAGCGGGAAUUAGCAGCAGUUCUGCUCUUUGAACCCCACAGCAGAGCAGGGACCGUGUUGUUCAGCCAGGGAGACAAGGGCACCUCGUGGUACAUUAUCUGGAAGGGAUCUGUCAACGUGGUGACCCAUGGCAAAGGGCUGGUGACCACACUGCAUGAGGGAGAUGACUUUGGACAGCUGGCUCUGGUGAAUGACGCGCCCCGGGCAGCCACCAUCAUCCUGCGAGAAGAUAACUGUCAUUUUCUCCGUGUGGAUAAGCAGGACUUCAACCGUAUCAUCAAGGAUGUGGAAGCAAAGACCAUGAGGCUAGAAGAGCAUGGCAAAGUGGUGUUGGUGCUGGAGAGAGCCUCCCAGGGCGCUGGCCCUUCUCGCCCCCCAACCCCAGGCAGGAACCGGUAUACAGUGAUGUCUGGCACCCCAGAGAAGAUCCUAGAACUGCUGUUGGAGGCCAUGCGGCCUGAUUCCAGUGCUCAUGACCCAACAGAGACAUUUCUCAGCGACUUCCUCCUGACCCACAGUGUCUUCAUGCCCAGCGCCCAGCUUUGUGCUGCCCUCCUGCACCACUUCCACGCGGAGCCCUCAGGAGGCAGUGAGCAGGAGCACAGCACCUACGUCUGCAACAAAAGGCAGCAGGUCCUGCGGCUGGUCAGCCAGUGGGUGGCCCUGUAUGGUCCCAUGCUCUACGCUGACCCCGUGGCCACCAGCUUUCUCCAGAAACUCUCAGACCUGGUGAGCAGAGACGCCCGGCUUUGCAUCCUGCUACGGGAGCAGUGGCCGGAGAGGCGGAAACACCACAGGAUGGAAAACGGCUGUGGGAAUGCAUCUCCUCAGAUGAAGGCCAGGAACAUGCCUGUUUGGCUCCCCGGCCAGGACCAGCCCCUCCCCAGCAGCAACUGUGCCAUUCGAGUUGGGGACAAAGUCCCCUAUGACAUUUACCGGCCGGACCACUCAGUGCUGACCCUGAAGCUGCCUGUGACGGCCUCAGUGAGAGAGGUGAUGGCAGCGUUGGCCCAGGAGGAUGGCUGGACCAAGGGGCAGGAGCUGGUGAAGGUCAACUCUGCAGGCGACGCCAUUGGCCUGCAGCCAGAUGCCCGUGGUGUGGCCACAUCGCUGGGGCUCAACGAACGGCUCUUUGUUGUCAGCCCACAGGAAGUGCGCGAGCUGACCCCGCUCCCCGAGCAGCUGGGGCCCUCCGUGGGCUCUGCUGAGGGGCUGGACCUGGUGAGUGCCAAGGACCUGGCGGGCCAGCUGACGGACCACGAUUGGAACCUCUUCAACAGUAUCCACCAGGUGGAGCUGAUCCACUAUGUGCUGGGCCCCCAGCAUCUGCGGGACGUCACCACCGCCAACCUGGAGCGUUUCAUGCGCCGCUUCAACGAGCUCCAGUACUGGGUGGCCACAGAGCUGUGUCUCUGCCCUGUACCCGGCCUGCGGGCCCAGCUGCUCAGGAAGUUCAUCAAGCUGGCUGCCCACCUCAAGGAGCAAAAGAAUCUCAACUCUUUCUUUGCCGUCAUGUUUGGCCUCAGCAACUCGGCCAUCAGCCGCCUGGCCCACACCUGGGAGCGGCUGCCCCACAAAGUCCGGAAGCUGUACUCGGCCCUGGAGAGGCUGUUGGACCCCUCGUGGAACCACCGAGUCUAUCGACUGGCCCUCACCAAGCUCUCCCCUCCCAUCAUCCCCUUCAUGCCCCUUCUUCUCAAAGACAUGACCUUCAUCCAUGAGGGAAACCACACGUUGGUAGAGAAUCUCAUCAACUUUGAGAAGAUGAGAAUGAUGGCCAGAGCCGUGAGGAUGCUGCAUCACUGCCGAAGCCACAGCAAUGUGCCCCUCUCACCGCUCAGAAGCCGCGUCUCCCACCUCCACGAGGACAGCCAGGCAGCCAGGACAUCCACGUGCUCCGAGCAGUCGCUGAACACCCGGAGUCCAGCCAGCACCUGGGCUUAUGUCCAGCAGCUGAAGGUCAUCGACAACCAGCGGGAACUCUCCCGCCUGUCCCGGGAGCUGGAGCCGUGAGGAGGCUGGGGCCCGAGCGGGCACUUCCCGUCAGGAAAGCCAGGGCACGCCCGGGGCCAAGAGGCCCACAGGCUGGCCACAGCUGGGCAGGGCUCUCCGCAGAGUGGACUCAAGGCCCUGGAGCGGGCAGCGUGGAGGCAGCUGUCCCCUGUGAUGACGGGUGGCCAAGGAGGACCUCGGAAUGGAAUGAGCCGGGGCCCAAGGCCAAGGAAUGGGGGGCAGAGAGGCCCUGGAGUGGGUGGGAGAGCAGAGCAGGUGCUGGGACUCUGGGUUCAAUAGAGAGCUCUCCACACCAGGUUUUUCCCAGA